UCCGAACGUUGUUAUGUUUUCCAAUAUUUCCAAGUUGCCCAAUUUAUGUAAACCAGAUUUCAACGAUAUAUAUGAGCUGAAUUGAUGAAAAUGACUGAAGACGAUAUCACGUAAUUCAAUAGAGAAUAUUAACAGCCGUUCGCCGAAAGUGUGAAGUGUUUAUAAGUGUUCAUUGACAAUAUACAGUGCUAAGUUAGUGAUUUGACGGAGCCAUGGGACACCGUAGGUGUAUUUUUUUCAUCUCUAUAUUCAUCGCUGUGUUCUUGAGGAAGCAGUUAACAUACGCACAAACAAACACAGAAGUCGGUUUCCCAUUAAGCAACAGCAAUAAAAGUGCUACAAUAUACGCCUGGAGUACUUGGGGUAGCUGGAGUUCCUGUUCAAGGUCAUGUGGUGGAGGAGUCGCUGUUCAAGAGAGACACUGUCUACCCAGGGAUCCUACACGGUGGCGCCGCAGCAGGAAGAGAAGGAAACUUGGCAGAGAGGACAGAUCGCGUCGAGCUCGUACUGCCAACAGUGUUGUGAAUGUCCCAGAUUGUGCCGGACUCGGAAGACGAUACCACGAGUGUAAUACAGAGCCAUGUCCGGGAUCGUAUCUGGAUUCUCGCGGGGAACAAUGCGCGAUGUACGACCGGAGGCCGUUUCGAGGCAGGUUCUAUACAUGGGUGCCGUACGUCGACGGAAACGCCCCAUGUAUUCUCAACUGCCGGCCUCGUGGACAGCAGUUCUACGCUUCACUAGCCCUAGUCGCUGAUGGAACUUCCUGCACAAAACCCGGUUACCGCGCUAUAUGUGUUCAGGGCUCCUGUAAGUGUAAAAGAGUGGAUAUUAAAAAGAAGUGCUCAAACAAUGAAAAUGGUGGGCGUAAUAUUACCUCUCCUCGUUAUAAUGUUUUAAUCAUUGAUUCCGUGUCCUUAGGUGUUGGUCGAGAAGAGGUGCUAGCAUCGACUGCGACAAGAGACGUCCAGUGCGGACGUCACCUUGUUUCUGGUCUCUUCUCCCGACCUCGUCUUCCCUUGGGAUACUCCUCCGUCACCACAGUGCCGACCGGCGCUUGUAGACUUAAUGUCUCCGAAGUUGUCGCCAGCGAAAAUUACAUCGCACUAAGAGUAUCCAACGGUUCAUAUAUUGUAAACGGUGAGUUUGCUGUUAGCGCUCCUGGCACAUACGAGGCGGCGGGUGCAAGAUUUGUAUACUCUCGGUCUGCCGGACUAGACAAUAUAUUUGCUAUGGGACCCAUACACCAACCUAUUGAUAUUAUGGUUUUAUAUACGCAACCAAACCCGAACAUAAAAUACGAAUAUCUUACCGAUUCGCUGCCUGAUGAAACGAGCAACGACAUUCCGAAUGAUAUCACCAGUUCUGCCCAUCAUCAGAUGCAAAGGCAUCACCGCCAUCACGUGGCAGAAUCCCACACGAGGGCCUUAGAAAAGUCUGGACCAUCUUUGUCGAAGCAACCAGAAGCAAGUUCUUCUGAAACACAAUAUCAAUUGGACACGAAUGUUAUUGGCGAUAGAAUAUUUGUAUGGAAAGUAAUGUCAUACACGCAAUGUUCAAGAACUUGUGGUGGCGGCCUUCAAAUUGGGAAAUUUAAAUGUGUCGAAGUAGACGGCAAAGAAGACCGCGAAGUUUCUGCUGCUCAUUGCAAAGGAUCUCCACCGCCGUCUCGACGUAGAAGAUGUGGCGUUGUUCCUUGUCCCCCUCGAUGGAGGGCUGCCGCUUGGGGUCCCUGCCCUGUUUGCGGUCCAGCUCAUAGGACUAGAAUAGUUGGAUGUGUACAAGAUCAUGCUCGAGGAAUCACAAAGAUAAGCGAUCAAAAAUGCCCUCUACCUAUGCCACCAAGUAAGGAACCUUGUGAUAUACCGAAUUGUGAUGGAACUGCUAGAACAGACAGCACACCACGUCUCGAUGGGAGACGUCACGUAAAUCCUUACGAUCGUGUUGAUGCAUUCCAUGAAACAAAACCAAAGGUGACACUCGCUAACAACGUAUCUGCUAUCGAGGUUCAUCCAAAACAUGAAUCCAAGUACACUCACAGUGCAGCUGGUGGAUGGCUGUAUACUGAAUGGUCUCAGUGUGUCGGUUGGUGUGCGAGCGGUGUUCAGUCCCGCGGCGUCCGUUGCUCGGAGCCCGAUGGAUGCUCCGCCCACGCCCCGGCCUCUUCGCAAGCCUGCUCAGUAAAGAAACCAUGUGAGGCGCAAUGGUUUACUGGAGAGUGGUCUCCAUGUACCGCUGAAUGUGAUGGACGACAAAUAAGAGGAGUCAUUUGUAUCGGAGGAAACGGAAGGAGAUUGAGAGAUGGUUCCUGCAAAACACCAAAACCUGAAGCCGAAAGACCAUGCGGUGGAACCUGUGCACCGUCUUGGUAUCUCAGUGACUGGGGGGAGUGCACAGGUCCAUGUGAGGCUGGUAUUCAGACUCGUACUGUGUGGUGUGCUCGUGGCGGGGCGGGGGGUGCGGGUGGCGCUGGCUCAGCCCGAGAUCUGGAGUGCGGGGGAGGUAGACCACCAGCUAGGAGGUCCUGUGUACCAGCUAGGUGCACCACUAGACCGGUGAAGCCGGCCGUGAUCACACCCACAGUAACAGACCCGCAACGAGUCACGAGACAUCAAAGUCAGAACACGCAGAACGUCAAGGAACGGUCGUAUAGAAACGGAACGUGUACCGACAAGUUGAGCAAUUGCUCGCUGGCGGUGCAAGCGCGUCUCUGUCACUACCGCUACUACGCUGAUAGCUGCUGUCGCUCCUGUCACGGACGGUAGACGGUAACUUCCGAUUGUAUGGAGUUGACUCAUAGUAUUGUGAUACAAAUGUACGGACGUGUAGUUAAUAAGCCGAGUGAAUUCAUUAUAUACGCAUGAAGAUUAUCGUCUUUAUAAAAAAUUCUCAAUAAAACUAAUAGUAUUUUAACAUGCAAUUUUAUCUUAAUAUUUUAUGAAUUUUCAUAGUUAUUCGAAUGUAUCUUAUAGAAUUGUUGAUGAUGUUUAUACGAAUCUGUAUUUCGGUAGGAUAAGUUCUGAUCUCUAGUGUUGUAUAAUGCAUACACUUUUUAGUAAUUUGUCAUCAAUUUUACCCGUUCUUUAAUCUUAAUAAAUAUAUUCAUACCAUCAUCACGUUAUUCCUAGAUCAGAAUCAGAUGAAAUAUUAAAAAAAUAUAUUUAUAACUUGCACGAUUUCAAAAUGCAUUACUCGUUUUAAAUCUCUAACUAUAAAUUAUAUUAGAUAUUUGAGAUUCAACAAAAAAAUAGUGUUAUGAUCGAUGAAGUAGUUAACCAUGGAUACUGUUUUAUAGGUUUAGUCAUAGACUGUAGGUUAUUUUUUUCUUAAAGUAUUCAUGAUACAUAAAGAACAAUGUUUCUCGUAGAUUAGAAACAAUGACACUGUGUUCAUUAUUUAUUGAUCCUGAUUUUUGUAAAACGAUACGUCAUUUAACGCGGCGUUUGUAUCGACAAGCCAAGGACUGGCAUUGGAUUGGCUAUAAAAACACAUCACCCGGAGAAUUUUGAUAGCAAUAAUAAAUCUUUUUAAUCACAUCUACAGAAUAAAUUUAAUGCUUUAAGGAUAAACUGUGGAUGUUAUAUUAGACAUCCGAAUUUAAUGAUCCUUAAACGUACGUCGAGAAAUCUAUACCAAACGCUGCUUUGAAUGACAAUUUAUAUGUAAAUAUUUACUUUAUGUAUAGCGCAUUUAUUUACUUGCUGUAAUUAUUUAUGUAUUAGGUAACAAGUACAAUAAUUUAUACCAUCACAAUAUCUUUAAUUGGUUUAUAUGUACCAGCAAUUGUCUGUACUAACGCGUGUAACAACGUACAAAAAAUAAAAAGCUUUAAACACUA